AUGUCUGACGAGGUUAUUUGGCAGGUUAUCAACCACCAGUUCUGCGCCUUCAAGAUCAAAACAACCACGAACCAGAACUUUUGCAGGAACGAAUACAAUGUGUCUGGUUUGUGUAAUCGUCAAUCGUGUCCACUUGCAAAUGCUCGUUAUGCAACCGUGAAAAAUGUAGAUGGGAAACUAUACUUGUAUAUGAAAACAGCCGAGAGAGCACACAUGCCAUCGAAAUGGUGGGAGAGGAUCCGUCUUCUGAAAAACUAUAAUAAAGCUCUUGAACAAAUAGAUGGACGAUUGCAAUAUUGGCAAAAAUUCUUGAUCCACAAGUGCAAACAGAGAUUAACAAGGUUGACCCAGGUGGCCAUUACCGAGAGGAGACUAGCAUUAAAGGAGGAGGAGAGACACUACGUUGGUGUGAAACCAAAGGUCAAGAGAAGAGAGGAAAAUCGUGAACGUAAGGCACUUGCAGCCGCCAAGAUUGAGAAGGCCAUCGAAAAAGAAUUACUUGAAAGAUUAAAGAGUGGAGCUUAUGGUGACAAGCCAUUGAAUGUAGAUGAAAACAUCUGGAAAAAAGUUCUUGGGAAGGUUGACGAAGCUGAAGACGAGGAAGAGGAAUUUGAUGAUGAGGACGAAGUUGAUCUUAUUAGUGAUGACGAGAGUGAUGUGGGUGAGGUUGAAUAUGUUGAAGAUGAUGGAGAGGAUGAGUUGGUUGAUUUGGAAGACUUGGAACAGUGGCUUGGAGACUCGUCAGAAGAUUCGGAAUCUGAUAGCAGUGAUGACGAAGUAAGUGGUGGAAAGCGGAAGGCACCAGAAUCUAAUGAGAAGAGAAAGAGACGUCCAAGAGUGGAAAUAGAAUACGAACAGGAGCAAGAACGAGAGCCGUUGACCAACAUAGCGACUUCGUAA